AUGCUGACGGAGGAGCAGCAGGACUCGUCGCCGGUCGAGGCGGCCGCCAGUUUCGAGUCGGAGAGCGAGCUGAGUCUCUCCGACAGCGGCUCCCCCUGCGGCUCUCCCUCAGCCAGUCUCCAGCUGGACGCUCCACCGCCUCUGGUACCGUCACCCUACGGCGCGACGCCAGCGCCGCCCACCGGCGUGCGGCGGGUCAUCAGAAAGCUGUUUACCAACUCGCGCGAGAGGUGGCGCCAGCAGAACGUCAGUGGGGCGUUCGAGGAGCUGCGCCGCCUGGUGCCGGCCCACCCGCCCGACAAGAAGCUCUCCAAGAACGAGAUACUGCGCCUGUCGAUCCGCUACAUCCGACUGCUGACUUCGGUGCUGGAGUGGCAGGAGAGUCAGCUGGAGAACACGCCGCCGACAGCCCGGGUCAAACAGGAGGUCACCGAGACGGCCGGUUCGCCGCUCUGCCAGGACCCGCACCGCUCCGGCUGAGACCGGCUGAGACCCGCAGGGCGCAGCGGGCAGCCCGCACCGCUCCGGCUGAGCCCGGCUGAGACCCGCAGCCCGCACCGCUCCAACUGAGUUCGGCUGAGACCCGCACUGAGCCCAGCUGGGACCGGCUGAGACUUGCACUGCUCAGUGCUCCGGCUGAGUUCGG